AUGAAAGGUCUUAUAAGCUUUCUAGCCCUUAUAUGACUAGCUGUGGGAGAUCCUAGAAGAACUCCUAAAGAUAGAUACUUGGAUCCUGGAAAAAUCAGAUGAUGAAAAGAUACUUGGGCUCCUAAUCCUAUUGAGCUCUCUCAAGCCAACUCUGGGACCAGUGGUGUUACUGUCAAUAUCAAUUUUAGACCUCAAACAUCUUUGCCGACAACUGGGAAUUUGGGAAUUGUUAUUGUGACUGUGCCAUCAACUUUUUCAAGCACAACAACUUAUACAUCUGACUCUAUCGCAAUAAAGGCAAAUACUGAUACUUCAUAUUCUUUUACUUUGGCAACACCUUUACCUCCUGCCGGAGUCUAUGGGCCUUUCCAAAUUGUGACUAAAACUUCAACAUCUGGGCAAAUCUACAACGCAAACUACAUUUUUGGUUGUGUUACAGUUUCAGCCUCUAUUUCUCUUUCUAAUUCUUUGACAGUAAGUACAGUCAAUUUGACCUCUACUACAGCUGUUGUUGGCUUCUUAGAUGGGCUUUACUUUACUUUUGCAAUUCCUGCUGGCAUUAAUCUUUGGAAACAUGACAUUUUUGAAAUAAUCCCUGACAGCCGCUGGACAAUUUUUUCAAGCCCAACUUGCACUUCUGUCGAUAUUUGAAGCUUUACUAACUAUAUUAAAGGUCCUAAAGGAGAAAAUAGCCUACCUUGUGCUAUUGCAGCGAGUGGAGGGGCUAAUGGAGGAUAUAAUACUGCUAAAUCAACCGUAAAUCCUGCUACAAACAGUAUUUAUAUAUAUGGGCUUUCUCAAGACGUGAUUAUAAAUUCAAGUUAUCAGGUCAAGCUUCAAGUUUCCAGCUUUAUUCUUCCUCUUGCAACUAUUUCAGCGUCAAGCUUCAGUUGGAAUCUAAAAAUCUGGAGGUGGGGAACUACAAAGUUGCUUGCUCAAUAUGCUGGAACUGGGCCAUUGGCACCAGUCCCAGGCUCCGUAACAAUUAUCUCGUGGGUUCCUUAUAACAUAUAUUUAGCUUCAACUGACAUCCCAGAUAGCAGCUCAAACAGUUUUUACUUGUUUACUAAACUCACUUUUCAAGCAGCCCACGCAAUUACAUAUGGGACAAUCGUCAUUACCUUUGACGGCAACGCAGAUAUUUCUUCUGGGUACUGGUGGCAAGACCAUGAGGACACACUCCAUAAUGCUAGAGGAAAAUGCUAUUUGAAUAACUACAUAAAAGGUAUAGAAACCUCCUUGGAGUGGCGCUGCAAGCGCAGGCCACUCCACGCGGAAUUCAUGGGUUGGUCGAACCAACGCACAGUUUUGGUUCGACCAACUCCUAUGUUGGUUAAACCAACACAGGAAUUCCGCAUGGAGUGGCCUGCGCUUGCAGCGCCACUCCAAGAAAAGAAGUAUAUUACAUGCAGUGUCAGUGGCUCAAAGGCAACUAUAACUAUAGCUUGAGAUGCUACUUUGGCAGCAUAUACAGCUAUCUCAAUCACAUUAUUGACCAAACUUACCACAGGAGCUGGAAUUGCCUCAAUAGUAACUACUGAUUCAGCUACCUCUGCGAAUAUUGAUCAAACUACUAGUCCAUACUCUUGGUCAUUUAACUCUGCUUCGACUUAUGUACCUAUGACUAGUUUCCAAUUCUUUGCAACUGCUACAAAUGAAAUACCUGCAGGUGGAACGCUCACUGGAGGGGAACAAAAAGGAGGAUAUAUUGGAUUCCAAUAUUUAAUGUGAUAUAUGACCCCAAAAAACGACUGGUCUACAUCUACCACAUUAAAAAUCAGUUUACCAAUUUCUAAUUCAGGGGUGCAGCUGCUUACAUCUUAUAUUUCUAAUGAUGCCACAUAUAAAGAAAAAAUACUUCAAAGCUCAGAUUAUGCUUCAAGCGCUGUAGCACUUGAAUCGGCUAUAAACACCCGAGUUCUCAGUGUUGGAAAUCCAGGAUCUAUUAUAAUUACAUUUAAUGCAGGCGCAUACCCUACAACAGGAGGUAAGAAUAUGUUUGCUUUUUCAUAUGGGGACAACUCAAAUUAUCCUGCUCAAGUUUCAUUGCCAUUUGUAGCAUCAAAUGUGGCUACUUUCUAUGAGUGUUGGGCUAAGGCUACAUCUACAGCAAAUGGAUGAUUAGUAACUGAAUUUUCGAGCUAUGUUUUCUCAGUAAUAACAUCACUAACAGAUUAUUAUUUAAAUGUUGCUUCACUGUGCACUGACAAUUAUGCUGGAAUUCCAAUUGCUGUAGUUUUUCAUGCUUUGAAUAUGAAAUUUAAUUUUGGAGACUCAGCAAACCUAUAUUAUCUAGAUGUAGAAUUUAGCUCUUUAGGAUCAAGCAAUUUAGGGACUGGGGCAACUGAUAAAGUACAAAUCCCUGUAGCUAGUGCAGCAAUUGGAGCAAGAGCCACUCUUGACCCAACAUCAAAAAAAGUAACGAUCUCUGGACUUGGAUUUGUUGAUGUGAGCAAUACAGUAACCGUUUAUCUGCCUUAUGGAGGAGAUAUAACUACAAGCUAUACUAAACUCAAACUUUCUAUUAUCUUGUGGCUGGAGCUGACCCAGCUAAUAAAAUAG